AUGAAGCCCCUUGAACUAGCUGAAGAACUUGAAAAGAAACAGGCAUUCACAGGUUUGCAUUUGGAAGAGGGUGCCGCAGCUCAACCAAUGAGGCUUGAGGGCGUUCACAGGGGCUCUACUGUGUUGGGAUACUUUGAUAUUGAUGUCAACAACACUAUCACAAGGACCAUCUCAUCUGAAGCAUUCAGGCGGGGUUAUGGAUCGCCUCAAGUCGUGGCGGUUCAUCUCAACUUCAUUGCAGUGGGAAUGCCGAGAGGAGUGAUCAUGGUUGUGCCCAGUAAAUACUCUCAUCAUCAUGCUGACAACAUGGAUACAAAGGUGAUGUGA